CUUGCCUUGACCUCUACACAUUCGGUCGGGAGGUGUCACAGACUCGGCAGCAGCUUGCAAGAACGAUGCCGCCCACCCUGAUCCUGGUCCGCCAUGCCCAGGCCCUGCACAAUGUUGACAAGGAUUAUGACAUUCCCGACCCGGAUCUAUCACUCCUGGGCCUGGAGCAGUGCAAGCCGUUGCGAGAGAGCCUAAUGAACAGUCCAUUGGCCCAGCAGGCAGGCCUUGUCGUGGUUUCCCCCAUGCGACGCACCAUUCAGACCGCUCUUCGCUCCGUAGACUGGCUGCUCGACAAGGGCGUGAAAAUCGAAGCCGACGCGGACUGGCAAGAGAACUCGGCUAAGCCGUGCGACACGGGCAGUGAUGUGGCCAAGGUUGCUGUGGAGUAUCCCCAGGUAGAUUACUCCAGCCUUGACCCGGUCUUUCCGGACAAAACCUCCUCGGCCGCGAGCCGCUAUCAUUACUCCCGCCCAGCUCUGCUGGCUCGCGCCCAGGCCGCACUCGAGAAGCUUUACAAUCGGCCUGAGAAAGUCAUAAUAGUUGUGUCUCACUCUGGUUUCAUGCGUCUUGCUGUCACCGGCUGUUGGUUCUUCAACGCCGAUUAUCGUAUUUUCGAAUUCGCCCCCAUGGAUCAUGUAAGCGUCGACACCAGCUUCCGUUUGCAACAGGCCUCGAUAACAAAAGAGAGCGGAGGCGGCCUCGGCUGGAGUCGUUCGGAGGAACUCGUUCUUGGUUCGGAGCUGCCGGAAGAAUACCCCCCUCCAGAGCCCACCGUCAAGGCGCCCAUCACAUGAAGUGGCACCUGCAUAGAAUAUCCCAUCAAGGCACGUAACGAGCACUUAGCCUAGAGGAUAUUAUCUUUAGAACAAACUGCCCUGCAGCAUCACGUUGAAGGUAGUCCAUGUCAUGUUGUCGGCGCAAAUUAGAAUAGCAAAUGAGAAAGAUUGAGAAGAGAGGGACAACCGAACUAGCUCUGCUGGACAAACCAGUGG